AUGCCAAUAAAGUCCAACCCGAAUAGAUAUAAGAAUGUGAGCAUAAUGGACGACUGCUUCGAAUCCGGCAGAAGGCAUGAUUUUGAAGAAGACGAGUAUCCAGCGUUUAACAAUGUUAAAAACGAAGACAUCGAUGACGCAAAUUUUUCAAAUACAGAGGGUGAUCUCGAACUUGAUUUACAUCCACAUACAAAAAAAUGCAAGCGCGAGUAUCCUGCUGGGAGGUUUCUUAAAAAGGAAUUGGAAUAUAUUGCUAAGACCUACUGCGAUAAUUACAAGACGUUUUAUUAUUCGACUGUGAAUGGAGGAAAGGAUAAGGACUGUAUUGCUAAGAAGAAGGCGCUGCUCGUAGAAAUGGCGCAACAUAUAUCAACUCUGGGCGAUGAGCCAAGAACUGUAGAACAAGUGGAGCAAAAAAUCCGCGAUGAGAUGAAGCGCGUCAAGAAGUAUCUAAUUGCUAAGAAACAAGGAAGACAACACGGAAAGCGCGAGAUCGUACUGUCAUCACCGCAACAAAUGAUUGCGGAUAUGAUUGAACAAACAACUUUGGAACCGUUUCGGCAAAGAAUAUACGAACCACAUGAGGAUUCGGUCGCAGUGGAUACCUCGACUAUGGAUAUACCCACGACAGGUUCGUCAUUAGAUGUCAGCCCCCCAGGCGGAAGCCAGCGAGCAACGUCACCUCCAGUACUUCGAAGCAGGAAGCGAAAAAUUUCUGACCUUAAGGAAGAUGUAUCUAAAGAUGUAAUGGAAAGAAGCUUCAAUACGAAUACAAGGCGCGAUUUCGACUUUGAACAUUUGAAAGAGCGGCGACGCGCUCUUGAGGAGGACAUGAGAUACGCAAGAGCAAAACUGGAGGCAGUGACCGCUGAACGCGACUUUUGGAUGGCAAAAAUUGAUGUUCUGGAUUUGGAACGCCAAUACUGGAUGAGCGAAUUGGAACGAAGCCUUAGAGAUCGAUUAUGA